CCAGUCAGAAAAAUAGAACUAGGUACUACGGUACUACCAACUUUAAAGUUGGGGUCUCGUCUCAAAUUCUCAAAUAAAUCAUCUAUUUAAUUUAAUUUAAUAUUGUUAAUAUAUUGCAAUAAAUAUUAAGUUGUUAAUGUAUGUGUCACAGAUGUAAAAUAAAUGAAAUAGAAAUAAAAUAACGGGAACCUACAUCACGAAACAAGAAGACAUUCGGUUCGAAAAAGAUUUCGAGACUGCAAAUUAAGAUUCAUAAAAUUAUUAACAUUAAGAAGAGAUCUCAUAAAUGCCUAAACGACGGGGAGACGAGCUAAUGGACUUACAGGAACGCGGAUUCCGAGUUAGUGUGUGCCUUCGUCGUGUGUUUACCGAUGAGCGCGCCAAAUGCUACAUGUGGGUGGAGGAGUCGCGUCAGGGUUAUUAUGAAAGAAAACAAAGAAAAUGUUGCGAAAUCAUUGAGAGUGCCGGGUGAAGAGAAUCAACCUAGAACACAAGGACCACAUGAUGAAACUGAUUAUGAAGGAAAACAAAUACAAAACCAAAAUAAAAUUGAUGAAACUUUAAAUGUUGGAAAAUUUAAUGAGGAUGAGACUCUUGUUGAGACCAAACGACAGGCUCUACUUCUUCUGUCCACUUACGAGCAACAAAACCAAGAGCUGUCGACUCACGAUGCAAACAAACAUAGGGAUUCCACAACUAAUUCUCGUUCCUUGCUCUGUGACAACUCGAUUGAAAUAGAACCACAUCUUUACAUGGAUUCAUCAAAUGGGACUAUGGUGGAGAAUGAUAAUGCAUCACGACUCGAAGCAGCAUCACCAUUUAAUACCAAGCUAUGUCAGCAAGGCGGUGUACAGCUCUCGCGAGACUCUGAGCCGGGGAACGACGUCUCCCCGCUACACACAAUAAGAAAGCGUUUCAAAUCACAAUCGGAAUGGAUGUCAGAUGAUGUACCAACGAGGACGUCGUGCGCUCGCAGCGGGCGGCGCCGCGUGCGUCGUCGCCGCAACGCCCGCGCCCCUCCCCCCGCCGCGCCCUCCCCUCCCCCCGCGCCCUCCCCGCCUCCCCCCGCGCCGCCCGUCCGCCGCGACGCCAGCCUCGCAAGGUUACCGCGAGUAGUGCGAGCUCUGUCUCCUGUCGACAACGAAUCUGUUUCUAGUAGUAACAGCUACGGCCGUACGCCCUCGGCUCUGGUGCUAUAAAUACACAGCUAUUUUCAGUUAAGUAAAUCGUUGAGGAUAUGCGACUGAGAUUAAGAAAUUAAAUGUUUUAGCCAUUAGCAAUUUUCGCACACAAUCUUUGCUAAUAAACACUGUAUCAGAACCCGCAAACAACCAGAUCAUUUAAAAUCAUUCACACUAACACUCCACUUUAUUAACACUCCUCUGGUAGACAAUAAUCCUGUCAAACACGGAUGCAUCAUCUAUCAUCGCAUCAAAUAAAACUUUAGUAUUCGGUGAAACUGUGAACUGUAGUUUUUUUCUUUCUUAAAUUCUUUUCUGUUUUCUGUCAGUUUACUUGUUACCACAGAUCUUCAGGACUACUGAAUAGCUUUGUAUGUAGUUUUCACAAGUGGACAGGGACUGAUCUGGAGGAAAAUAACGAAACUAUUUCAUUAAAAUCGGAUGUUGUAAAAGACAAAAGUCAUCUAAAAAUAUUUCAUUCUGUUUUUUUUUCCUAGUUUCUGCCCUCGGUUUCUGCCGCGUAAAAAAAAAGAAUUUGCCCAAGAUGAAAUUCUAUCCAAAUCUGUGCAAUGUAUUUGCUUAAUUGAGUAAAAAAACACUCGAAUAUUUUCUGAAAAUUUCACAUUUAUAAUAUUAGACGAAACAAAUACCGAUUCCAAACGACAUCGGAAACAAAGAAUAUCGUCGAACCUGAAAAUCGCGACAGAAAACAUGUUCUACCUAUUUUCCCCCGUCGCAAUGGCGGACAAGAUCCGUACACCACAUUGUGGGGUACUUGAAGCUAGUAAUUGACUUUGGACAGCAACUUGACCCAACAACCAACGUCUAGCUGAUUGUGCCAAUAACAAGGCUUCAAAUGAUUUCCUGCCACUCUGCGUUUGGCCCUGGAAUUUAUUAAUAUUAACCGGAACCGGAAAGUUAGCUGGUAGCCCGGACUCCACCACCACGCCGCGGCGCCGGCAGGUUCAAAUCCCGUAGGCAAGUACCAGUACGUAGGUACUUAGAAAAUGCUCACGAAUGAAUUCCAUGGUAAAGAGAAUAACACCUUGUAGUAAGAAUAAAAUUUACAUAAAAUAUAAGUUGCGUAACUAUUGAUGGUAGGAGGUCUUAUGAGCCGCACGGGUAGGUACCGACACCCGGCUUAUUUCUGCCGUAAAGCAGUAAUGUGUUUCGGUUUGAAGGGUGUAGCAGCCGAUGUACCUGCGUACCUGCUGGUCCACCGGCAAUGUGUAAAAUAAUUAUAUUUGGGCCUGUAUUUAUCAAAGUGAUGUAAGUAAGUAAAUAGAUGGGUAUAAAAUGACAGACAAAAAUAACACAUUAGAUUUGUUUAAAAUCAACUUUAUUAAAAUUAACAAUUAUGCUACUUCCUCUGCGCGUUUCGUUUUCAAUGCCUUUAAUAUCCCGAACUUCAUGAGUUAAUCCUGAUAGACCAUUACAAAUUUAUAUUCUCGUCUGGAUGAGACUGACAGUCAAUCAAAUCUACUUGACAGCGAGAAGUACCACCUCCCCUCUUUCUGCCGUGAAGCAGUAAUGCGUUUCGGUUUGAAGGGUGGGACAGCCGUUGUAACUAUACUUGAGACCUUAGAACUUAUAUCUCAAGCUGAGUGACGCAUUUACGUUGUGGAUGUCUAUGGGCUCCAGUAACCACUUAACACGAGGUGGGCUGUGAGCUCGUCCACUCAUCUAAGCAAUAAAAAAAAAUUAAAAAAGUUAUCCUUUUUGUUUUCACUAGCACGGUUCGCAAAGUUGUAGAUAUUGCACGCAACGCAAUGAUAAGGAUAUGCAAACAAUUAACUGCCAGCCCGCACUCCCCCUUCCCUGCUUCGUCUUUUACAUACGUUGCUGGCAGCGCAUUCGGUAUUGUAUAGAAUGCCUAGGCAAACCGUAAACAAAAAAUGCAAUGGCUGACCCCAGGUCAAACGCCGCAACAGUGUCCUAAACCAAAAUUUACCUAUUCACUAUAGCUUUCUCCGAUUUUAUCAAGCAAUAACGGCAAGAUAUCUGCUGUGCCGAACACCGAACAAUGAUAGUAAAACUUGCAGCGAAACAGCCCCGACUCAUAAAUCGAUCUUCACCAUUAUUGCUCCAUGAUAACGCGAGACCUCAUACAGCACGAGAAACCGUUUUAAAUUUACAGGAACUGCAAUUAGAAACCAUUCGUCACCCUCCGCAUUCGCCAGACCUCCCUCCGACGGACUACCAUUACUUUCGUGAUUUGGACAAUUUUCUACGUGAUAAAAACUUUUCUUCCCAGGAGGCGGUACAAAAUGCUUUCACGCAGUUUGUAGAAUCUAGAUCAGCAGAGUUGUAUCGCAAAGGCAUAAAUUACCUUCCUAUUAGAUGGCAGCAACGUAUAGAUAAUUAGGUAUGGUAGAUAUUUUGCUUAAAUAAAUAUGUUAAAUGAUAAACAACGAAUUUAAAUUUUUCAGAACAAAUCGGCAUUUUCAUACUUUAACCCCUUAUACUAAGUAUAUAAGUAAUACACGACCCGGUCUCUAUGGCUAUUUCCGAGUCGUGUAAUAAUAUUUUUUAUUGUCUGUUUUGCGUUGGUAGAAGACGGCUGCUUCUUUCGGUGGGUUUCGGCGUCUGUAGAGAGGUUUCACAGGUAACUGUCUGUUCACUGGUGGUUUUCUGAUAACUGUACUAUCGGAGAACUGCAGGUAACUGUUUCUGUCUUGCUGAUGUUUCUUUGUUGGAGAUUCACUGAGAACUGUUUCUGUCGGAGAUUUGCUGGUAACUGUUUCUGUCAAAGAUCCACUGAGAACUAUUUCUUGCCUAUAAAUGGCCACCCUUUUAUAUUUAUUUCAGUACCCCAUCCCGCGACGCGCUAUCGUCGCAAGCAAGAUGGGUCGUCGUACCCCCUGACGGGGGCACGGAACGGGCCUCGGGGCAAACCCCACUACCCGCGCUGAAACUCCCUGCCACACAGGGCAGGGGUGGAUAUAGUGCUGGGACGACAUUGAGAGGAGAGGGAGCUGUUCGCUGCGUGUACGGCUGCAAUUUACAUCUGUAUAUACAUAUAUAUAAUACGAUUGGCUGAUGGUCUUCGUGGAGUGAUGCCCGCGGCGGUGUCCCCCUGGCGACGGCUGCUGUCCUCUGUGUCCUAUUCUUAUUCAAUUUUUUUUCCCUUAAAAUUAUCUACAACUAACUACAACUAAACUAAAGCUAACUAUACUACUAUUUACAAACAGGGACAGCAGUCAGCAACCGUGGGGCCCGCCACCGGCCCCAUGUCGCGGCCCCACUUCUGCAAACCAGAGAGGCGGCCGCGGCACUAGGUAGGCGCUCACCCGCUCAGGGCUCCCCAGAAGGGGAAGACCGUCGCGGGGAGGGUCCGACUUAUCAACACUCCCCAGACGGGGGAGUGGUCCACCCAACGGGGGUGGGAAAUGGGUCCCCAUAGGGGGGCACCCCAACGAUGUGGGGGGAAGUGGCGAGUGAGAACAGCUCAGUCCCAUGGGGGCACUCAUUAUGAGCACUCCCAUAUCACUCCGGUUAAGCCGACUAUCUUACCAUAGUAGGGGGUUCCAGCAGCUCCCUUGGUAGCGCCCGACCAUCAGGUGGUCUGGCGUGCAAGGGAGCUAUGUUGUGGAGAUGGGCGUGGGUUCCACCGUCAGCCCGCUCGUAAAGAUUUCGAGCUAGCCUCCGGAUGAACUCCUCGAGCGACUCCACAUGCAUAUCCCGGGCGAUUACGGCAUUUCUGACGUUUUUAUUUUUACUUUUUUUAUUGCUUAGAUGGGUGGACGAGCUCACAGCCCACCUCGUGUUAAGUGGUUACUGGAGCCCAUAGACAUCCACAACGUAAAUGCGUCACUCAGCUUGAGAUAUAAGUUCUAAGGUCUCAAGUAUAGUUACAACGGCUGCUCCACCCUUCAAACCGAAACGCAUUACUGCUUCUCGGCAGAAAUUGGCAGGGCGGUGGUACCUACCCGCGCGGACUCACAACAGGUCCUACCACCAGUAACUUCCCCAUGUACUACAGAUAUAAUUGAAUUCGCAAUGUCUGAUCACACGGCACAGUUGAUUAAGUUUCCAACUAAACAAUUUUCUAUUAUUAACGGCUGGAAAAUAAAACGAAGAGACUACUGUAAAGAAAAUUUAGGAAAAUUCCGUGAUUGCUUAAUCAACUACUCUUUUACUGAAAUGUAUAGUACUGAUGACCCGAAUAAGGCCUAUGAUAAUUUUCUUGAGAUUUUCAAACUCUUUUAUGACCUUUGUUUUCCGGAAAAACAAAUAUUUAUUCGAUUACACAAAAAGGCUAAGUGGAUAUCACGUGGUAUAAAACUAUGUGUAAAAAAGAAAAGAAAACUUGUUUGGUUGUAUAGGCAUAACCCUUCUUUAAUUAAUAAAAAUUAUCUGAAGCAAUACUCUAAAAGAUUAAAGAAAAUCAUAAAACUUACACAGAAAGCACAAAAUUCAUUUAAUAUAAAUAACUCUGUUAAUAAAUCAAAAACCACUUGGCAAAUAAUAAACCAGUCUAAAAAUUAUAAGCCAAAAAACUUUAUCAGCACGAUUAAAGUAGAAAACAAACUUGUGACGAAUCCACAAGCCAUAGCAAACUAUUUUAACAAUUACUUUGUUGAUAAAGUAGUACCAUCUACGAAUUUAGGAAAUAAUGUGUUACAGUUUGUUCCAAAGUUAAAUAACUCAAUAUUUAUAUCACCUAGUACGCCAUUAGAUAUUAAAAUAAUAAUCCAAAAUUUAAAAAAAUCUAGUACUUAGUGUUGGUUAUGACGAAAUAAGCACAAAAGUUAUAAAAUCAGUGGCUGAACUGAUAAUUCCCCCCACAUCUGUUAUAUAACUAACCUAUGUAUCAGUACAGGCAUAUUUCCUACAAAACCUAAAACGGCUGUCGUGAAACCACUUUUUAAAAAAGAAAAUAGAGAGCUAAUGGAGUUUUCUAGACCAGUGGCUUCGCUACCUGUUUUCUCUAAGAUAGUUGAAAAAUUUUUGUACAAAGAAAUAUAUGAUUUUCUUGAAAAAUAUAAUGUUCUGCUUGAAAACCAAAAAGGAUUUCGUAAAAAUAAAAAUAUAAAUAUGGCAAUCUUAGACUUUUUGAACGUUAUUACAUGUGAUAUGGACAAUGGUGACUACAUCACUGCUCUUUUCUGCGAUAUGACUCAAGCUUUCGAUCAUGUCGAUUUUAACAUACUGUUAUGUAAAUUAGAAUACUGCGGGAUGCGAGGAAAUAUAUUAAACUUACUGGAGUCUUAUUUAAAAGAUCGAAUACAAUACACUGAAAUUAGUAACAUAGAUUUUGUAAAAAAAACAGAACUUAAAUUUAAGUCUAACAAACGUAAGAUUACAUACGGUGUUCCGCAAGGGAGCGUACUAGGGCCUCUUUUAUUUACAAUUUACAUUAAUGAUUUUCCAAAUUCAAUUGACCACCCUAUGACCCUUUUUGCAGACGACAGCACCAUAACUAUUAGGUGUAGAAAUGACAUUUUAUAUGAACACGAUAUUAAUAGUACUCUUCAUUCAAUAAUAUCUUGGCUUGAAAACAAUAAUUUAAUAAUUAAUUUAGACAAAACAAAAUUUAUGCAAUUUUAUCAAAGAAAUAAAUAUAUAAAUUUGACCAUUUAUAAUUAUAACAAUCAUAUAUAUGAAACAGAAAAUAUAGAUUUCCUCGGUGUAAAAAUUGAUAACAAAUUAGAUUGGAAAUCUCAUACAGACGGACUGUGUAAACGUGUCAGCUCCUCGGCCUAUGCACUCUUUAAAUUAUCCUUCAUUUUAAACACAGACGCCUUACUAACUGCAUAUCGUGGUGUAGUUCAAUCCUGUCUUAGAUAUGGAAUAAUUUUCUGGGGAAACUCAACGCAGAAAGAUCAAGUUUUUAAGGCACAAAAAAUGUGUUUAAGGUCCUAUGUUUGGAUUGGUAAUAGCCGACAGCUGCAAGCCAUAUUUUGCAAAGCAUAAACUUUUUACCCUUCCUUGUCUAUAUAUAUAUAUAUAUAUACGAAGUUGCUUUAUAGCAUAAAUGAUUUUCUUAGGGACGACAUUGAAAAUAAAUGGAAUUUUUAAUUAUUGGUUGAAUGAUGGAUG